GAGACCUAUACUGUCAAUCACCAAAAAGAGCAUUGGGUUUGAUCUGAAGGGCAGUGCUACGUCUAUGUGACUUUGAGCAAUUUCUGGUACUUAGGGCUUCGCUUUCACCAGGUUCUCGGGGCAUUGUGUUUUUGGAAUACCUUCUAGGACUGCUGUCUGACGGCCUUGCUGGCUAAGGAAAAAGAAACGCUGUGACGCUGCUUUGUUUUAGUGGGGAUUGCGGUCUCUAAGUUCUGUCUCCAACAACACCCUGUAAAGGGUCCUGUCCUCUAAAUAUAGAGGACUGUCAGGUCCCCUAUGGCUCCAGCAAGGCACUCUAUUCCGUCCUCUAAAUUUUAGAGGAUGUGGCAGACACUCUAAAUGUGGAGGGCUCCGGGAGUGCGCUAUCCGCGCUCUUCGUCCACCAGCCGCCGCCAGGAAACUUCCCCGCAUUCCUACCCCGCGCUGGCGACUGCAUCUUCCGGGGCCGAGCCCUCGAUCCGGCGCGCUUCGCCGCCGGCAUCGAGGCAGAAGGGCGAGAAGCGGCCGUGCGGAGACGGGUCUGUCGGCGUAGAGCUCGCACCCCUUGGAACCGAGGCCGCGCGACCCCCCGCAACCGAAGAUCCAAGCCAGCUUCCCCCUGUUCGUCGCCGGAGAGUCGCCAUCGGCAAAAGGCUUCGUCGUCCGCCGACUUCGUCGAAGGCAGCCGACAAAAGGAAGAGAACCUCCUCGCCGCCGUCGUCUUCGUCUUCGAUUCGGUCCACCGAGGCAGAUCCGCGAACAGCGAGAAUGGGGAGUGAUUGGAACCAGGUGAUGUCUCAAUAUGGAAGCUUCCUUAGCCAGAUUGACGAGCAGCCUAUCGGAACACAAUACUCUGAAUUUCCAGUUGAUGGGCAACCAGAGGGCUCAAGAACACCAGCUGUUACUAAAAAGCCAACUCAAAGAACUAAGCUAGCAAACUUCACUGCUAAAGAGGACACAAGGGUAUGCCAUGCAUGGCUUGCUGUUAGUUGCGAUCCCAUUAUUAACACAGGCCAGAAACGUCAAGGAUUUUGGAGUAGAAUUACUCAAGCAUACAACUCAAGACGAGGAACGUUGCCAGAAAGGUCCACAAAAUCUUUGAUGAGUAGAUGGGAUACUAUCAAAACACAGUGUUCCACUUUUGCUGGAUACAUGAUGGCAGUCCUCCGACAGAAUCCUAGUGGACUCAGUGACGCAGACAAGACAUCACUGGCAGCUUCUAGGUUUGCAGCAAUUGAGAAGAAGCCUUUCCACUUUUUACACUAUUGGGCCAUUCUUAAGGACCAACCAAAAUGGAUGGACAACCACAUGGGUCAACAACAACAGCAAGCCAACGCUAAUCCCACACAUUCUAACACUGUCGAUUUGGAUGCAGAAGAAUAUGUACCAUCAAGCUUCACAUCUAAGAGGCCCCUUGGUCGAGAUUCUUCGAAGGAAAAGGCAAAGAGGACUAAAUCUGUGGACACAUCUUCAUCAGAUUCUGAGUUUAUGACACGCAUGGGUGAUCUUUCUUUGGAGCGCCUGUCAGUGUACAAAACAACUGUUACAACUGAGGAAAAGAAGUUGGAUUCAAUGAACAGAAAUGAGAGGCAGAAAUUGCUCCUUGAAAAGAAGAAGUUGAACCUAGAGAAAUUAAGGCUUGAAAGGCAGAAACUAAAGGAGGACAAGGAAGAGGAGAUAAUGAUCUUAAGCAUGGAUUUGAGCAAAUGUAACUCUCUCCUCCGCCAGUACUAUGAAGCCAAGCAACAAGAGAUACUGGCAAGGGUUACUGGGUCUACAUCAUCUGGCCAGUGAAGGUUCCUUACUUAAUAUGUUUGUUUGUCAUUUAUGAAUGAGGCGUACUCGGACAUGUUACUGUGAGGUUGCUGUCGUCAGAUCGUAAUCUGGUUUGUACCAGAUUUUUUAGGUCGUCUUUGAACUAUUUGUUUUCAAGUUACUGUUUUGAACUAUUUGUCAUGGUUUGUACCUGAAUGUUUUACUAUAUGUGUUGAACUAUUUGGUUUCAUGAACUGUGAGCUUGGUGCA